AUGACGAGCUUUGCCGUGCAGUUUGCACGCCAGCAGAGGCACGCCUUCCAGGCCGCUUCCAAGCUUUCGGCCGCUUCCACAUCCAGCAUCGCCGCCACCGCCGCUGCUUCCACAUCCUACGCUUCCACCACACCAAGUGCCGCGAGAGCCUUCUCCACCGCGAGGAACAACCUUCCCCGCUCCGCACAGCUCGCAAGAUCUCAGCGCUCCCAGAUUGCCCUCUCAAGACACAUCUCCACAAAUCAGCCCAAGGAGCAGGCCGCUGCUGCCGCUCAGACCUCGGCCAGCGUCCGUCCCGAACCCUCACCUGCCUUCCAGCAGUCUCCUCAAAAUAUCGCCCCUCUCGCUUCGAGAUAUGACGCCAACGCUCUCGAUGAGUCGUUUGUCGGUCUCUCGGGUGGUGCCAUCUUCCAUGAGAUGAUGCUCAGGCACGAUGUCAAGCAUGUCUUUGGCUACCCAGGUGGUGCUAUCCUCCCCGUCUUCGACGCCAUCUACAACUCAAAGCACUUUGACUUUGUGCUUCCACGAAGGGAGGACGGUGCCGGUCACAUGGCCGAAGGAUACGCUCGUGUCACCGGCAAGCCCGGUGUCAUCCUCGUCACCUCUGGUCCUGGUGCCACCAACGUCAUCACACCCAUGCAGGACGCCAUGAGCGACGGCACUCCCCUCGUCGUCUUCUGUGGUCAGGUGGCAACCUCUGCUAUCGGCUCGGAUGCCUUCCAGGAGGCUGACGUCGUCGGCAUCUCGCGAUCCUGCACAAAAUGGAACGUCAUGGUCAAGGACAUUGCCGAGCUCCCUCGCCGCAUCAACGAAGCCUUCAAGAUCGCCACUUCGGGUCGCCCCGGUCCCGUCCUGGUCGACCUGCCCAAGGACGUCACUGCCGGUAUCCUCCGCCAGGCCAUCCCUUACAGCCAGACGCAGCCCAACAUGAUCACCAACCUGCCGAGCCGACAGGUUGCACGCAACCGUCGCGGCGCCACCUUCCAGCAGAGCACCAACCUGCGCUCCUCGGAACAGGACAUCCUCACCUCCGAGCUGCACGAAGCUGCGCGCCUCAUCGGCAUCGCAAAGCGACCCGUCAUCUACGCCGGUCAGGGUAUCCUCUCGUCUCCCGAAGGUCCCAAGCUGCUUGCCAAGCUCGCCAAGGAGCACAACAUCCCCGUCACCACCACGCUCCAGGGUCUCGGUGCGUUCGACGAGCUGGAUCCUCUCAGUCUGCACAUGCUCGGCAUGCACGGUUCGGCGUACGCCAACCUGGCCAUGCAGGACGCCGAUCUUAUCAUCGCCCUCGGUGCUCGAUUCGACGACCGUGUCACGGGCAAGAUCGACAAGUUCGCUCCGCACGCCCGAGCAGCUGCCAUGGAGAACCGUGGCGGUAUCAUCCACUUUGAGGUGAUGCCAAAGAACAUCAACAAGGUGGUGCAGGCCACCUGCGCCAUCGAAGGCGAUGUUGUCACCAACCUCGGCAAGCUCAUGCCGUUCCUCGAGAGCAACGCGCCCGACAGGAGCGAGUGGCACGAGCUCAUCAAGUCGUGGAAGGAGGCCUACCCCUUCACCUACGAGCCGUCCAAGCAGGGCGAGCUCAUGAAGCCCCAAGAGGUCAUUGAGGCUCUCGACGCUGCCGUUGCCGACCAGAAGGACAAUGUCAUCAUCUCCACCGGUGUCGGACAGCACCAGAUGUGGGCUGCUCAGCACUACCGCUGGCGCCACCCUCGCACCUGGGUAUCCUCCGGUGGUCUCGGAACCAUGGGAUUCGGUCUCCCCUCUGCCAUCGGUGCUAAAGUCGCCGCACCUGAAAAGAUCGUCGUCGACAUUGACGGCGACGCCUCGUUCUCCAUGACCGCCAUGGAGCUCGCCACCGCGGCACAGUACAACAUCGGCACCAAGGUGCUGGUGCUCAACAACGAGUUCCAGGGAAUGGUGGUGCAGUGGCAAGAUCUCUUCUACGAGAAGCGCUACUCUCACACCGAGAUGCACAACCCUGACUUUGUCAAGCUUGCCGAGAGCAUGGGCGUCAAGGCGAUCCGUUGCGACAACAUCGAAGAUCUGCCGGCCAAGAUGAAGGAGUUCAUCGAGUACGAUAACAACAAGCCGGUGCUGUUCGAGGCGAGGAUCACCAAGAACGAGCAUGUCUAUCCCUUCUGCCCGGCCAACGCGGGGCUGCAUGAGCUCAUUGUUCACCCUAGUCUCAAGCCUGUUCCUAAGAGAGGGUAG